GCAAAACAUCCGCGGCCCCGACGGGAAAAACCACGAAACGAGCCGCCUGUGGGCGAGUUCUCGGAUCGCUCGUUGUAGCCAUGUUUGGUUACUUAAGCAAAGCCAUGGACAGCAUGACGCGCGAGGGCGUGGACGCCUUGCGGGCCGGCGUGGAGGAUUUCAAGGAUGAUGUCUCCAGCGGCGUGAUGAGCCUUGCGGACUCACCAUCCAGGGUUCGCAGCCUGCUGACGCGGCAGAUGGACGAUGCUCUCGCGAGGCAUGACAGCCACAUGGUGAACCAGCUCCUGGACAAUGCCAUGGCGAACCACCUCAUGGGGCCUCAGGCGCCCUCGAUUAUCCGCAGCGCGGCGCAGCAGCAGGCGAAGCGCCAGCUGCGGGACGCCAUCGACAGCGCGGACUCGAAGCGGCUCAAGGGCGCGCUGGUGGCUGCGAAGCGCCUCAACGCCACGGAGCUGCCGGAGUUUACGGAGGCCAUCGAGAAGUACAAGGCAAUCAGGAAGCUGCCGGUGGGCUGGGACGUGAACCUCAUGGUCCUGAACCGCGAGGGCGCCCGCAUGGUGGCGCAGCUCCAGCUGGACGACCCCUCUGUGUGCGCGCGGUUCCAGCGCUUGCUGGACUUGACGCACCGGAAGGUCUACACCAGAGACCGGAUGGGCCAACCUGUCCCCGAGAGGUUGCGCUUGCUGACAGUUGCUGCCGUCACGAAUGACGAGUCCUGGGGGAACUACGCGGCUCGUCGCGAGGCAAUCCGCCGCGAGAUUGAUGCGGACAUCAGCGGCUACACGCGCUACGACGUGGACACUAUGGCGAGAUCUUCAGACGCCGAAAGUGACGCCGGGGAGAGCGCGGAGAGCAUUGCGCUGGCGCUGGCGGACGAAGACUUUGCAUCUCCUCUGAUGCAGGAGGUCAACGAAGUCUUCCUCUUCCACGGCACCUCUGCGGCCAACGCCGAGAAAAUCAAAACCCACGACUUCAGGAUCAACCUGGCCGGCUCCAACGCGGGCAGCUUGUAUGGCCGCGGCAUCUACUUGGCGGAGAACUGCACCAAGAGCGACGAGUACACCUCACCGCUGGCGGACGGGGUGCGGCAUCUGCUGGUCUGCCGGGUGGCCCUGGGCCGAGUCCACUACACUGACGCCAAGGAAGACGCCGAUCCGCGAGGCUGCGAAGACGCGUGUCUGAAGGGCAAGUACCACUCCAUCCUCGGAGACCGGAAGAAGUGCAGAGGCACCUUCCGGGAGUUUGUGGUCUUCGACGAGGAGCAAACCUACGUGAACUACAUCUUGACCUAUCGCCGCGAAGACCCCUGAGGACGUUAGCGCCGAUCGGUCUUCUUUCGGUCGAGAUGGAGGCACUCGAAUUCGCUGGUAGGGACCUGACAAAGGGAAUUCUGGGGUCUCCGCCAAACUAUUGAUGCCUCCGCCUCUGGAUCCUUGGAUGGUUUACAGGCAACCAGUCAGGUCAGCCAGCUCUUAGGCCCGCAGCGAUGCUCGUUUCGUUUUUCGCCGUCCCGAAGGGACGGGCAUUUCAGGCCCCCAGAAAUGUCUCCUGGUCGUCCGGCGUCC